AUUUUCGACUUUUUUAAUUUUAAACUUUACAUUAAAUCUAAUAAAUGAUAAGAUGACAAUAUUACGUUUACCUUCUAAGUGAAACGUUUUACUUUACCAAUGACAGUAGACACAAUGGCUGAAAUUAGUUGGAAUGCUAACUCAGCAUUUCGUAUCCGGAAAUAAUAUAAUCUUAUAAACAAUAAGAAAUUUUAAUUUUGAGGAAUUAUUUCAAUAUGGAGAUGAACGUCUUUCUCUGCAGUAUAUUAGCAAUUUUGGCUAUAUCGAGUGCAAAUGAUUCAACUGAGAAUAAAAAAAAAUCAUGGCGUGAUAAAGAUAUAAGAGAUAUGACAGAUGCAGAUUUGGAACAUUUAUUGGAUCAAUGGGAGGAAAAUGAAGAACCUCUGCCUUCAGAUGAACUUCCAGAACAUCUUAGACCAAGUCCAAAAAUAGAUUUAUCACAGAUAGAUGUCUCCAAUCCUGAUAAUGUUCUCAAAAUGACAAAAAAAGGUAAAGGCGUUAUGAUGUUUGUGGAUGUAAUAGAAAAUAUUUCACAAGAACAAGCAGAAAUUAUAAUGCGUAUUUGGCAAAGUAGUCUACAAAACAACCAUAUCAUAGCAGAGAGAUAUCCAAUUGAUCCUAAGCGAUCAGUCUUCUUAUUCCGUGAAGGAUCUCAAGCUGUUGAUGCUAAGAAUUAUUUACUAGAACAACCAGAGUUGUCCCACGUGAUGCUUGAAGGACAAACGUACUAUAGAGAUAAGAAAAAAAAUAAAGAAGACAAGAAAGUAAAUCAUAAACCAAACAAAUCGGAAUUAUAAAAUAUUGAAAAAAAUAAUUUCAGAUAAAUUAACUACAAAACAUA